AUGGCUUCCGGCUUCGGCUUCCAGGGCGGCCGCUCGCGCUGCUACACCAACUGGCAGGAGUUCAUGGCCUGCUACGCCAACGCCGACGCGCCCAAGGACUGCAUCAACCAGCGCGCCGACUACCUCGAGUGCCUGCACCACACCAAGGAGGUGCGUAUGGCGCACACGCACGCACCACGCCGCUCCUCGUGA